AUGAAAUGGCAGGACCCCUCGAACACAAAAGAAACAGCUCAUUGGAUCUUGGACUCGGGGGCGAGUUACCAUAUGGUGAACGACUACAGCAUGCUCAUCCACCCGAGAACUUGCCGAAAGCGGAUAAUUACCGCCGGAAGCGAGGUCUUGGAAGCGGCAGCUAUAGGAGAUGCAAGCAUAUCAACAGAUUACGGGGAAAUCUCUCUGCAAAAUGUAUUGUAUGUAAAGCACCUUAAUGUUAACCUUCUGUCAACAAAUUCAUUAACGGAUGAAGGAGCACGAGUGAUAUUGGACACAACCGGCGGCCAAAUUUUUCUAACAAACGGCAUGACACUUAAGAUUGCAAAGAAUCGCGAGCGAGGACUUCUGGAGUUCCGAGGCGACACAUGGCAAGAAAGCGCGAUGGCCACAUCAGCACCAUUGUUUGAAGGUGUUGAUGAGGAGUUCGAGCAUAUUGAGAAUGAGCCGAAAGUUUCAAAACAACAACUAUGGCAUGAGCGUCUCGGGCACCCAGGAAGAGAUAAAGCUAAGGCGAUCACAACCAAGUUAAAGGAUAAGCAUACCAUGAAAUUGGAUCCAAACACCGCUCUGACGUGUGAGCAGUGCGUACGAUCCAAGAGCACAAGCGCUCGGAUGGGGAAAGGUAGCGGCGAAAGAGCCGUAGGGCCCCUGGAUCUUAUCCACGUCGAUCUAAUAAUAGACUCGUCCCACGUGACGGAGUACACAUGCACGUUGGUGCUGGUCGACGAUCAUAGCAAGUAUGUGUAUGCACAGCCAUUGACACGAAAGAGUCAUGCCUUUAUGCAACUCAAAAGGAUUGUUUCGUUCCUGGAGACACAGACGGAUCGGAAGCUAAAAGCGAUCCGAUCCGAUCAAGGAACGGAAUGGAAAAGCAAUGAUGCAUUAGAAUGGUCGUUAGAAAAGGGCAUAGAGUGGCAAACCACCGUAGGGUACAACAGCAAACAAAAUGGACAGGUAGAAAGAAUGAACAGGACCCUUGGAGAGAAGAUGAGAACGUUGCUAAUGCAGAGGAGACUACCGAAGAAGUUCUGGCCAUACGCGAUCAGAGCUGCGGCGUUCAAAAUAAACCUCACUCCGAGCGUUGAUAAUGAAUUCCCUUAUCAAGCGAUGUUUGGCAAGUCGCCGGAACGAGCUUUAAAGCUCCUACGAGUGUUUGGUUGUCUGGCAUGGGUAAACGUACCCAAAGUUAAACGGGACAACAAGAAACUGGACCAGCGAGCCGUCGCAUCCAUUUUCUUAGGGUACAGUCUAGAAAGGAAGGGCUGGCUCUUCUACAGCCCGGACUACAAUCCGAACAUCUUCUGGAGCAACUCAGCAAAAUUCAUGGAAUCAAAGUGCUGGUCAGACAGAACAGAGUGGCGACCGGUUGACACAAAGGCACCCCCAAUGAUGAUGACAGAGGAAAAUUUCGAAGAUCUAGGAUACAAUAAAGAAAAUAUAUUCGACGAAACAGAUGAAGAGCCACUACGAGAAUACAUGGAUAUGGAGACAGAUUCGGAAGAAAGAUUAAGCGAAGGAACAGCGGAGGUGAUGGAACAAGGACCAAUCGCCGAAACUCAAAUUGACAGCGAAUUCUAUGGACUCGUAGCGACGCGACCGGAAUGGAGAAAGAACCUGGACCCAACCAUACAUGAAGCAAUGAGUGGAAAGGACAGAAAACACUGGGAGGAGGCCAUGCGAAAGGAGCUGGAUGGAUUGGAGGCGAUGGGCACAUGGGAGAUAGUCGACCUCCCAAAGGGUGCAAAUACUGUCGACACACGUUGGGUACUCAAGAUCAAAACCGAUGCAAACCUCGUGCCGACAAAGUUCAAAGCCCGGCUCGUGGCACGAGGUUUCACUCAACGCGAGGGCAUCGACUAUACAGAGGUCUUCGCACCAGUAGCACCCAUCCAAUCCAUUCGAGGGGUGAUCGCUGUCGCAGCAGUACGAGAUUGGGAAAUGGAUUCUAUCGAUGUAAAGCAAGCGUACCUGAACUCCACUAUACACCAUGAUGUAUACCUCAAGCCCCCAGUAGGAAUCGAAAUGCCACCCGGAAAAGUGUUGAAGGUAGUGAAAGGACUGUACGGUCUGAAACAAUCGGGCCGAGAAUGGAACAUUGAGUUAGACUCACAUCUCCGGACGAUCGGAUUCCAUUGCAUGCCGAGCGCACCAUGCCUAUACUCAAGAGGGACAGGCGACAAGAUCACGAUCAUCACAGCAUACGUGGACGACAUGCUAAUAACAUCACCCAGUCGUGAUGAAGUAGAUCGCGCAAAGCGAGAGAUCAUGGACAAAUGGGAGACGCAAGACAAUGGAAGGGUCAAAGAAUUUCUGGGUAUCAAGAUCACACGUGAUAGAAGACGGAGGAGGAUAUCUCUGGGUCUAACGGCAUACAUCAAGGAAAUGGUGAACAAAUGGUUAGGAGGAGCAAACGAGAAAUCUUGGGUACCCAUGCUGAGUGUAGCGAACGUUGCCGGAGGCGAGAGAUGUGAACCUCAGCGAGCAAAGAAGUAUCAAGAAUUGGUCGGCCAACUAUUAUGGGUCUCCAACACAGCCCGACCAGAUAUUGCCUUUGCCGUCGGCGUAUUGGCGCGAUAUAUGUCGAUCCCGAUCGACAGUGCAUGGAAGGCAGCCAUCCACGUGGUAAAGAGGGGAGACAAACGAGCACUCGGAUACACCGGUAACGAGUAUACCGACGCAAACUGGGCAUCCGACCCCACAAAUGGACGAAGAAGCACCUCGGGGUCGAUAACAUAUGUAUAUGGGUGUCCAGUGAGUUGGAAAUCACACGUUCAGAAGUGUGUGGCAUUGUCGGCAGUCGAAGCAGAGUUUGUCGCCGCUUCCGAAGCGGUACGAGAAACCUUAUUCUUCUCAUAUUUGCUCCGGGAUUUGGAGACCACGGACGUUCGGCCCGUACUAUACACAGAUAGCCAGGGGUGCAUACAGGUGAGUAAAGAUCCAGCCAAACAUUGGAAGUUAAAGCACAUCGACACACGGUAUCAUUUCGUUCGCGAUCACGUACAAGAGGGCGAUGUGGAAAUCAAAUAUGUCGGAACGGCAAACAACGUUGCAGAUGUCUUGACAAAACCCUUACAGGGUCUUAACACCUCACGAUUGGCUAGGAUGAUAGGACUGGAGAUCCCGCCGAAGGGGGGAGUUGAAGAUGCGUCGGCAUCUCAAGUAAGAUGCACAUGUUACGGCCGAGACAUUGAGACACGGGAGGCUCACGUAAGCGAGAAGUACAAUGAGGUACCAGAAGGUAAGUUUCGCGAACAGUGCGGUGCAAUGCAGCUUGCGAGCUCCUCUUUUCUGCUCGAUGGCUGCACAACCUUCAAGCAACCACAAGUCCUGGUGGUGCAUCGCAUCGAGAAGGCCGACUGCGUCUCAGGUUUCAGUCUUGGCUCGUUCAUUGCUUUCGGCACGGAGACCGAGCAGCCUCGGCUUCGUCAAGAACGGUUUGCUUCCCUCCAACUCCGAGCAGGAUCAACGCCGAGCUCGCCUCUCGCUACAUUUCGAGCCUUGUAA